AUGGAGCCAUUAAUCACCUCUGUGGUCAAUCAUGAGGCCAAGGUUUUAGAAAACUGGCACUUAGUUGGAAACUAUUUAUGUGACCGAGGCCCCAUAGGUGUGCUGGUGGGUGUGUCCUGGCCGACUGGGUCACACCUGUCGGGAGGUGCAUGUCACUCUCACUCUUUCUGGUCGGUUAACUUCUUCAUUCGGUAACGGGGGAUGACAAUGGCUGAGUGUUAACGCACCAUGGCCGGCCAGAGGUACUCAACAGCGGACAGCAGCAGGAUACAGCAUGGAGUAACUUACCGAACCUCGAGCCGAACUCACCCGUUUUAGCCACAGAACAGGAGUUAGUUCGUGUUUCUGCUGUUUUUUGACCCACAUUCUGGAGAAGUCCAGGAGAAUUUGUGUAUUUUUAAACUUUUUUCUUGCGUUUUUCGGUGUUCCCGGUGAGUCAUGGCUCUCUCCCAGAUCCAGUGUUUGGACGACAACCACGUGAACCCGCGGACGCACGAGUCCAAACCGGAGUUCUUCUACUGCGAGGACCAGCGGCUCGCGCUCGAAGCUUUGCUCCGUGAUGGCCGCGAGGGGUUCGGGAAGUGCCUGGAGUCGCGCGGCCUGCGGGGCUUCCUCUCGGACCCGGAGCUGGAGGUUCUGGUCCGGACCGUGGAGCCCUACGACCCGGGCUGCGAGCUCUUCCCGGAGGGGGAGGAGGACGAACCGACGCCACUGUCGCUGCACUACUGGCCCGAGAUGUCCGACACGUCCAUCCCGCACAUGGACCUUGGUUGGCCGGACAGCGACGGGUACCGGGGGGUGACGCGUACGACCGUGUACACGCAGCCGCCGAUGGAGGGUCAGGCCCACAUCAAGGAGGUGGUUCGGAAGAUGAUUGCACAGGCGCAGAAGGUUAUAGCAGUGGUAAUGGAUGUCUUCACUGAUGUUGACAUCUUCAGAGAUUUGCUAGAUGCUAGUUUCAAAAGAAAGGUUUCUGUCUACAUCCUGCUGGAACGGACAGCGCUACCCCAUUUCCUGUCCAUGUGUCAGAGGGCCAACAUGCAUACUGGACACCGCAAGAACCUUCGUGUCCGCUGCACAGGAGGAGCAGAUUUCUUCACUCGGUCCUGCACCAAGAUCAGAGGGCGAAUGGGCCACAGAUUCAUGUUCAUUGAUGGAGACAAAGCAAUGUCUGGCUCUUACUGUUUCACGUGGAUGUCUUCGCGGCUGGAUAGAAACCUCAUCACCGUGACCACCGGCCAGGCUGUAGAUGGCUUCGACCGACUGUUUCGUUUCCUCUACGCAACCUCCAGCUCUGUUGACCUCCGCCAGAUUGACAUGGAGCCUGAGCCUGAGCCGGACCCCCUUCCGCAGCCAACUGUGGUGGCGCCCCCUUCUGCUGCUGUUGCUAGGAAACUGAUCAACCCUAAAUAUGCCCUUGUUGCCACAAGCAGUCCAAGCCCCACCACCUCUGUUGACAGCCCAAAAGAGACCCAAGAUUUGGACAACUCCAAGAAGAACAAGCGAAAGAAGGCCCUUGAAGUGGAUGCUCCUCCUCUCCACCCUGGACUAGUGGAUCUAGAAAAAGCAUGCUUGAUCUCAUACCUGCCCACCUGGCCAGAACCUGACCCCCCCAGUGAUGUAAUAGGGUUCAUUAACAUUCGGGAUACCACCAGACCAACUCAAGUCCAUCUGCAACGCCAUGAGAUGUUUGAAACCAGCCAGGCGAUCAGGUUCAGCAGUCCCAUCACCAAGGCAAAAGAAAUCUUGCCAGAGGUCGCCAAGCCCAGACAGCAAACUGCUGAUCAUGUGGAGCUGAAUAAACCCCAACCAGCUCCAAAUACAACUAAGGCUGAGGAAGUGGUGGUGGAUAAACAUAAGUCAACACAAGUUAGUGUGGCUCCUUGUGAUAUUAAGAGUAAAGAAGAGGGGGCAUCUGGGCAGAAAUUUAAGUCUGAAAAGGACACCACUGAGGCUUUGAACACUAUGAAUAAACUGCAUUCAAACACAGCCACCAGCGCAGAUGUAGGCCACGAUACAGCUUCCCUUAGUGCCCAAUCCAGCAGCAAAGCACCCGCUCCUACCAUUGCGAAGGAUUACCACAUGACUCAAACUGUUCACACAAAUAAUCUCAAGUCAGACUCGCUCCCAAAAACAAACAGUGAAAAGGAAGUAGAAGCUGUACCUAGUUUAAACAAUAAAACUGUUGUUAUGUACAGGACACAUGUUCUAAAGUCAAAAAAUGUGCAUACCUCUAAACUGCUUGACCUCACUGACUCGAAACCAAACACAGAGCAAGACACACAAGGAAAGACUGUGCUGUCAUAUACAGAUUCACACACACAAGCUGUGAACACGCAACCAGAAAUCUCUUCUGAAAUGACUCCCAACACCCAGAUUCCUAUUGUUCACAGCCGCGUUUCCACCUCCUCUGCUCCUGAUAUGCCGUCUGUUAGUUCAACCUCCCUUUCUGAAAAUAACCACACUGAGUUUACUACAGAGCACUUCAGCACAGAUACUGCUGCUUCUGUUCAUUCCACCAGCUCCUCGUCUUCUCUUUGUCCUCUUCCCUCAGCUAUUACGAAUUCAAAUUCUCUCCUUCCUUUAUCCUCAUCUUCUCUGCCCUCGUCUUUGACCUCAGCUCCUCCCAUCCCGAAACCUCGAACUGUCCAGUUGAUUAUCAAAGACGGGAACACUAGCAAUAGCCAGAAGCUGCCGGAGAUUUCUGUCAUUAAGAAGACUGACUCCAGUACAGCGCUACUAGUGGUCCACAAUGAGCCAACUAUGGAACAGACAUCUCCAGUGAAAGAGCCUCAAACUGCCCCAGAACUGCAGGAUCACAGCGCAAGUAAAACAGGAGUACAAAAAGACACUCAUAACAGAGGAAAUCACAAAGAAACUCCACAGCAAAAACAAAGUGUCACUUCUCAAGAGACAAGAGAUAAGGAAGCAGACAGACGAUGUGAUAGCGGAGCAGAAACUGGGACGGUCACUGGAAUUAAACUACAAGCCCAAUCAGAUGUCUUGAUUACUGAUACACCAAAGGCAGUCAGUGUGAGUGUUCAAGAAAUAAUUCCAAAAGAUGUUGAUUCCAAGACUGUGAUGUCAAGUGAUUGCAAGAUAACUCCACAGACAAAGUUAGAUGUUGCAUGUACAGUACAGAAAGACACCAAGGCCCCAGAAAAAUCCCUGACAAGCUCUGAAUUUUCUACAGUGCCAAAUGAAAAAGGUGAAAAUAUGACAAAUUGUAAAGCAAACCUUGCAAAAUUACAUGAAACUGAGAGAUUAUCAUAUUAUAAAUUGACUCCAGAGGAUAUAGAUGUAUCGGAGGAUGUGGACUCUGUAAAAGCUCCAGUACGCUCUCCUGUUUCUACCUCACACAGCCCACACAUGUCCAAUGUCAGUGCUAUCGAUGGCAUAAUCACAUCUGCUGCAGACAGACAAGAUCAACAAGGUAAACAAGCAAGAUUCCCACCAACAGUCAGUCUGCGCAAUACUGCAAAACACAACACAGACGGCACCUUGCAAGAACAAACUCCUAAAGCACGAGAAAGCACACAGGCCACUGAUAAAGGCCUGCGUUUGUACCUCUCUGAAACAAUUGUGCCAGAUUUGCGUUCUCCAACUCCCGAGCGAGAAUCACGCAUACUCAUGGGUCUCAUUCGCACCCCAACUCCUGAUGGAUUUCCUUCACACGCAUCCACCCCAGAUUCAAGAACAACCACGCCAGACUUUCGAACGCCUACACCUGACUCUGCUCUCUCCACCACCUCUGAUGAGUAUUAUGAAUGUAGCGACUCUCCUUUCCACGAGCCUGUUUUUGACCAUGUGGGUUUUCUCAAGCAUGGAAAGACAGAGGAUCAUGUCAACUUCACACUCACUAAUACCCCUAAUGCUUCCACCACUGGCACCAGCCCUGCAUGCACAAAUUAUAACCCUGGCGCUGCUACAUUAGGCUCUGCAGACAGGAAUACUUCUUGCAGUGAAACGUCAACUUUGACUGGGUCUGGUAGAGUUUCUUCUCCUUCUUUACUUGUGAAGAAAGUGAAAGUGAGUGAACCAGAGAACACCGCAAAUGUGGAACAAGACGAUGAAACGAGGAAACUGAACACGGUGGAGAGGAGGGAAGAGCAACAAUCCCAGGAGACAGAGAAGAGAGACAGCGAGGAGGCUAAUAAAGGAGUGGACCAUUUUGAACAAGAUGAAGAGUCAACAGAAAAAGUUAAAGAGGCCCCUAAGAGAAGUUUGGUGCUGAGCCAAUCGACAGCAGAUGCACCAGUUGAUGGAGGAGUGACUGCAGGAGAAUCAGCCAGUGAAGGAACACAGCCAAAAGUUUCCAGGUCUACUAGUGACCUUAAAACAGAGAUGGUUUCUUAUAAGGGACCAGACAAAGUGACCUUGAACAAGGAGAAGGCAUCAACUCAGACAGCACUAAGACCCAGCGAUGUAGAGAGGAGAGAGAACCUUCAGCUGACUAGAGACACCGAAGCUCUGAAGCUUUUGCAUUAUCCCUCCAAACAUCAGCGGGUUCAACAGCCGGACAGUGGAGCUUCCUCGCCCUCCCGACCACCCAGACCCCCUCGACCCCUCUCAGCUACCCAGCCUCUAGGGCCUCGUUCUUGGGCCAGCCGUCAGCUGAGUCAACCAGAAGGCAAAGUGCAGCAUGGUAGUUUCCAGGUCUUGGAUAAUGCGUCGUCUCGUCGUAGAAGUCCGUCCAGACCGGCUCCUCCAGGGGCAAUGGGUCCUGUUGGGUCUGCCGCCGGGCGGAAGCAGGUUCCCAGCAGCCAGCAGGGUCUCGUCUCUCGACAGCCUUCAGCAACACAGAGCAGAGCGAGAGCCGGGCAGGCACAGAACCAAACUCAGUAUCCAAAACCUCAAGCCUCCUUUCUCCAUUCACAGUCUCACCUGCAAAGACAAACUCAUUCUCAUCCCCAGAAGCUGAUGGUAUCAGCAGAGGAAGCACAUGGACAGGACGAAGGACGGACUCCAUUUGGCUUCACUUUCAGCAGGCUGUACAACCUGAAGGGCCUGAAGGACAAAAUGAGCAAACUGCCAACACACAGCAAGAGAGGCAGCACCAGCUCUCCUGUACAAGGGAAUAAGAGCUCCAGCUAGUUUGGGACCAUCAGUCAUCAACUUUUCUGUUACUGGAACACAUCAGGCCUCAGAAAAAGGCAAAAUCACUGCUGUGAAUGCUCCUUACUUGACUAAUUGAAGUGUGAUUGAGUGCUUCUCUCUCGUGUCUCUUGGAAAUACUUUCAUCCAUAUUGGUGCUUUUCAAACUUGAAAUUCUUUUCAUGUUGAAAUCCAACUGCCUGGCAAGCUGCAGUCUGAACUUUCAUCUUUAGAAGGUCAUGACCUCUGGAUGUCUGGAUUUGAUCUUAGCUCCAUUGCCUAACAUAUUAAAAGUCAGGCAAUACAAAAUUGGAAUAUUGCGCCUCCAUUUUCGACCUCUUGGCCUCGGUUAUAUAACAACUGACUGAUGGAGUUCUUUGUAAAUAUCUUUUCCCACAUUUUCAUGUGGAAUAUCUGAACUUUUUUUUAUUAAUAACCAAACAAAAUGCACACCAAGCUCUUAAAUCUUUCUCUUAGUGCACAGUAAAUGUGCUGCUCUGACCUACAUCGGCUGGACGGUGGAUCAAGCCUAAAGAGAAGCAUUUGCUUCCUGGAUUACUGAGAUGCUUUUCUGUGAAGUGUCAUUUUGAGUCGACUGUUUCAUACCUCAUUGUUUACUCUCACUUUUCUAUCUGUUUUUUCCUCGCUUUUGGGUGGUGUAAUGUGAAUACAGAAUAACUGAUCUGUAUUUAAGUUUUUCUGUAUGAAUAACUGGGAUUCAACAUAGUGUACCUAAUAGAGUUUAAAACUGGUACUGUCUCAUGUUUCAUGAAAGAAGAGUAUAUUAAUAUGAAAAUGCACGCUGCAGUUAAGGCCAAUUUAUGCUUUCUGUACCUGGGCUUCUGCAAGGAUCAGCAUUAUGUAAAUUUUAUUGUCUGUGAGGAUACGGUCGGCCUGCAGAUAUCUUCAUGCAGCCCAAAAGACUGCAUGUGCCCGGAAAAUGAAUGGUGCUCAAAACAGAGAGUGUGCAAGGAGAUUCUUGGCCAUCCACACCUUCAUAAUUCCUCAUUAAAAGAGUUGUAGUUGAAGUUUUGGUUGUGGUACUUUGGAGGUGUUUUGAUUUGUGCAUGCUUUCCAUUGAUGCUGUCCAAACACAGUGAGAAGUUCCAUGUUGUCCAGAAACAGUGCUGCAACUGGAACAAGCUGUUGUAUCCUCUAAAAGUUCAAAGUAAGUGCCCACUUUUCAGAUACUUCCAUGGGAACCCUUUGUUUGCUUGUUUUUUGUGCAUAUACACUCACUGACCACUUUAUAAAGUACACCUUGGUAGUAAAAGGUUGGACCCCCUUUUGCCUUCAGAACUUCCGUAAUUCUUUGUGGCAUACUUUGAACAAGAUGUUGGAAAGAUUUCUCACAGAUAUUGGUCCAUAUUGACAUGUUAGCAUCACACAGUUGCUGCAGAUUUACUGGCUGCACAUCCAUGAUGACAAUCUCCCGUUCCAUAAUAUCCCAAUAGGUGCUCUAUUGGAUUGAGAUCUGGUGACUGUGGAGGUCAUUGGAGUACAGUGAACUCAUUGUCAUGUUCAAGAAACCAGUUUGACAUGAUUUGAGCUUUGUGACAUGUCACAUUAUCCCCCCAGAAGAUGGGUACACUGUGGUCAUAAAGGAAUGGACAUGUUUAGCAACAAUGCUCAGGUGGGCUGUGGUGUUUAAAUAAAUUGGAAUGUAAGGGCCCAAAAUGUGCCAAGGACACAUCCCCCACACCAUUACACCACCAUCAGCAGCCAGAACCGUUGAUACAAGGCAGGACGGAUCCAUGGCAACAUUUUUCUACUCUCCUUUUGUCCAGAUUUGGUGAGCCUGUGCAAAUUGUAGCCUGUGAGGUUCUCACUGAAAGGAGUGGCCCCCCAGUGAGGUCUUCUGCUCCUGUCACCCAUCUUUUUCAAGGUUCCACGUGUUGUGCAUUCAGAGAUGUUGUUCUGUAUUCCCUGGUUGUAACCAGUGGUUACGUGAGGUACUGUUGCCUUUCUAUCAUCUCCAACCAGUCUGCCCAUUCUCCCCUGACCUCUCACAUCAACAAGGCAUUUUGGUCCACACAACUACCGCUCACUGGAUAUUUUCUCUUUUUCAGACCAUUCUCUGUAAACCAUAGAGAUGGUUGUGCAUGAAAAUCCCAGUAGAUCAGCAGUUUCUGAAAUAGUCAGACCAGCCCAUCUUUAAGCAAGAACCAUACCACGUUCAAAGUCACUUGAAUCCCCUUUCUUCCUCAUUCUGAUGCUCGGUUUGAACAUCAGCAAGUUGUCUUGACCACAUCUACAUGCCUAAAUGCAUUGAGUUGCUGCCAUGUGAUUGGCUGAUGAGCGAUUUGCGUUAACAAGCAAUUGAACAGGUGUACCUAGUGCAGUGGCUGGUGAGUGUAUAUACUGAUAUUUUAGUAUCAACCAAGCCAUGCAAAGAAUUGGUCUUUAGAGAGUACUAUAUGUUGUGUGAUACUAAACAUUGUUACAAACUAAUGAAAGUCACAGGCUUCUCCAGUUGAUAUCCAGCAUCACUUUACAUUUUGUUUCCAGAUAAAUAAGCAAAUUUUCAAAUAGCUAAAACCAUGACCAGGUAAGCAAAAAAUAUGCUUCUGUGACUCCAAAGGGAGCACUUGUUCCACAUUUGUAUUUUAUUUAACAAGUUGUUCUCCUCUGUGCAUCUGUACAUUCAAAGUGGGUUUAUGAUAAAAAAUUGAAGA